GGUCCGGAGCGUUCCUGACCGGGCGGGUAAUCCAGUUGGUAUCUGUGACAGGCGGCCGCGGUGCGAAUCACGGCUGCAGAAACCAUACAGCCGAUCCAUUGCUGGUCCAUGGUGUGCGUCUGAUCACCGUCACCAUGAUCAUGAUUCGUCUAGACUACAUUUGAAGGCCACCGAUGCUUUCGAGGCUUGGGAGCGCAGAUGUGCGAAGGCUCAUCUCGGCGAGAGCUCGCUGGUAUAGACGCCCACAUAGAGAGAGAGAGAGAGAGAGAGAGAGAGAGAGAGAGAGAGAGACAUGGGCUCGCCCCGAAUGGUCUGCAGCCUGGGCCGGGUCUGCACAGACCGGCGAGCCUCCGUCCUGCUCGAUUCGAUCUGAUGGUGCUUGGAUCUAGUCAGUGGCAGCCACACGCCGAUCAUUCAGGGUCUUGGACACGCCGAUCGGUCGAGAGCCUAAACGACGCAGGUCCCAGCAGCUGGCCCGCGAGCAGCAAUAAUCAGCAUGAUUCAUCGGUGCAGAAGCGUUUUUUAAGGUUCCCGAACUGUGGGUGUACCUCUUGCCCGGCAGAGCGAGGAACCGCAGCGGAGAUCCUCGCAUUCCACAAAACCGGUUUGGUGGGAGGGCAGGAUGCUCGCUGCAGGCCCUGCUAGUCAGCGAGGUUAUUCUGCUGGCUGGUGCGGAGCCAGAGGGGAAAAAAGCAAUGUGAGGGAUGGCAAAGGCUACGCAAAUAAAACCCAGCAACUCGCGGGCUUCACGGGGGUCCCCUUGCUGGUGUCUCUGCUAUAACAACUCCUUCGGCUC